AUGUCGGAACAAGAACGCUCAUCGCCAGAAUCUAUAGCCCACUCUUUCAGCAAAAUUCUCGCUCCAUCCAAGACGUCGUCAAAGUCACGAAGUCAACAAGAUGUCGAAGAAGGGGUCAGGAAGCUGCGGCGCCUUAUUCUCAUCGACGGUAUCCCGUCGCAGGUGGAUUCAACCCUUCGACCGCGGAUAUGGAAGAUCCUUCUGCGCGUCAAUGAGCUACCGGCUAGUACUUUCCUUGAGUAUGUCGCUCGAGGGCCAUGCGCGGUCAGAGAAAAGAUCCGGAACGAUACAUUCAGGACACUCGCCACCGACCGUGGAUUCAAAGAGCGUGUUCGAGAGGACAUGCUGGUUCGGUUAUUGGAUGCCUUUGUCUGGCGGAACCACGAUCGACAAGAGACCCAUCAUCUAGAUUUCACCUAUGUACAAGGCAUGAAUGUGCUCGCUGCGCCCUUCUUGUAUACAAUGCCUUCAGAGCUGGAAGCCUUCUUUUGUUUUGCCAAUUUUAUCGAGGAGUGCUGCCCACUUUAUGUUCAGCCAACGCUGGAAGGCGUACAUCGUGGCCUGAAGCUCCUUGAUCGCUGCUUGCGGAUAGUGGACCCUGAACUGUUCGCUUACCUUCGAUCAAAAAACUUGUCCGCUGAGCUUUAUGCAUUCCCCUCGGUGCUGACCCUUUGCGCAUGCACACCGCCUCUUGACCAAGUUCUCAAACUUUGGGACUUUCUCCUGGCAUUCGGCGUUCACUUGAACGUGCUUUGUGUCAUCGCGCAACUCUUGCUAAUCCGAGACGAAGUCAUGAACUCUUCCUCGCCGAUGCGAAUCCUUCGCACAUUUCCUCCUAUCGAGGCUCUACCUGUCAUUGGGAUAGCGGUCACCCUAGUCCGUGACCUGCCCCCGGAACUAUACGACGAACUCGUCCGACAUCCAUACGAUAUCAAUGUAUAA